GCUGUGGAAGUAUCAGUCCGAAGUCCAAUUGCCUGCUGGUUUAGUGCUAUGCUUUAUUGCUUCGGUGGGUCCGUUCUGUCUUCGUUGAUGCUUGCAGAACCUCCCGUAGCAUUUCUGGCAAAGGGCACAAAUAUUCUACUGGCAUCUUCGGUCUGGUAUCUUGUGUUUUACUGCCCACAAGACAUAUUCUACCAGUGCUUUGCCUUUCUGCCUCUUCGGCUUCUGGUUGCAGGAAUGAAAGAAGUGACUAGGACAUGGAAGAUAACGGCUGGCGUUGCACAUGCGGACAGUCACUUCAAAGACGCCUGGCUUGUCAUGGUAGCUGUGGGCUGGGCCAGAGGAGCUGGUGGUGGCCUAAUUUCCAACUUUGAGCAGCUGGUGAGAGGAGUAUGGAAACCUGAAACCAAUGAACUACUGAAGAUGUCCUAG